GCACUUUUGUUUAUUAAUUAUUCAACAUUAAUUAAAUAUUUAAAAGAUAUGUCGAACAUAAUGAGAAUGGUUUUGCUGCAGCUGAAAGGCACGAAGAACAAAAUAGCUACGGUGCAAAAUGCAGUGAGUAAAAUCGAGGAAGCUGUCUGUGAACAUAAACCACGUUUAAUAACAUUACCAGAAUGCUUUAAUUGUCCAUAUGGUACAAAAUAUUUUGAAGAAUAUUCAGAGUCCAUACCGGAUGGAUAUACUUCCCAAAAACUAUCAGAAGCAGCAAAACAACAUAAUGUUUAUAUUGUUGGUGGCACGAUACCGGAAAAGGCUGAUGAUAAUGCCAUUUACAAUACGUGUACUGUAUGGGAUCCUUCUGGAAAUUUAAUAGCCAAACAUCGUAAAAUGCAUCUUUUUGAUAUUGAUAUUAAGGGAUUAAUGACUUUUAAAGAAUCUGAAACAUUAACAGCAGGCAAUGAGUUUACAACGAUUGAAAUUGAUGGUCAUAAAAUUGGUAUUGGCAUUUGCUAUGAUAUACGUUUUGAGGAAAUGGCCAGAAUUUAUAGAAAUGAAGGUUGUGAGAUGAUUAUUUACCCAGGUGCAUUCAAUAUGACUACUGGACCGUUACAUUGGGAAUUGUUGCAAAGAGCACGUGCUAAUGAUAAUCAACUUUUUGUGGUGACUACAUCACCAGCUCGUGAUGAAUCUGCAGAUUAUAUUGCUUAUGGACAUUCAAUGGUAGUUGAUCCCUGGGCAAAGAUUGUAAGCAGUGCAAAAGAAGGUGAAGAAUCGGUUGUAGCUGAUAUCGAUUUUUCAUUGGUGGAAAAAGUUCGGCAACAAAUUCCCACAUUUUCUCAAAGACGUUUGGAUCUAUACUGCACUGUAAAAAAAUGAUCUUACGGUAGAAAUACUUCAAAGUACAGGAAUUAUAUGCAUUUAUCGUUAUUAGAAAUGGUUUUCUUAAUUUGUUAACAUUUUUAUUGUACUUUAAUAUAUCUUGAAGACUAUUUUGUGUUUAUAUUAUAUACUAUAUAUAAAUUAUAUAUAUAA